UUGGUGCUGGCCAUCAGCAAACAGAGCUGGUCUCUCUCCAUCCCUGCUGGCCACUGAGUGUGUCUGGAGGUUGCCAUCCUCCCUGGCAGGGGGGUGGCCCUGCAUCCACUGUCCCCAAGCCGUGCUGGCAGGGAGGUGGCACUGAGCCCAGCCCGCAGAGACCCUGUGCUGCUGGGAUCACCCACCACUGUUAAUUCUCUGCCCUUCCCCUCCCUGCAGGCACUCGGGAGCAGGCAGCUGACCCCAGCCAGGACCAGCCAGCGAGCAGCCCGGCCCCGCAGCGCCCCGAGGACACCCUGCCCGAGGAGCAGCACAACGGGCCACACGUGCCAGGAGGGGGGCUGGCUCCUGCCGCCGAGGUGCUGGAGGGGGGCCAGGUGCCCAGUGACUCUGAGGGGGACGUGUACUGUGACACCCUGGAGCAGAUGGAGCCCGAGCAGGCUGGGCGGCCGCUGGGUCUCUCCCCGGACGGGGGCCGGGCCGGGCAUGAGCCCCCCAGGCCCCGCGGCACCGGGCAGGGGGAGCUGGGCGAAGGCAGAAGAGGAGAGGGGAGGAGCGGCGCGGGCCUGGCAGCCCCUGGCUCUGAGAGAGAUCUCCAGCUCCCCGAGGGAGAGCAGGAUGCCAGGAGUGCCCCCCAGCUUGCCCAGGGGCUGCUGGACCAGCUGGACGCCCACGUGGCCGGCACCGUGCGGGCCCUGCAGGAUGACAUGCGGCGAGUGCAGGAGCGCCUGAGCCAGCUGGAGACGCUCGCUGCUGCCCAGGUACGGGCCGGGCCGGGAGCCACCAGGUGCCGGUGCCGCCUGGCCCGGCCACUGUGCCCGUGCUGGUGUAGGCCAGGCCAGCAGGGCUCAGCAUGGGGUGGCCCGGGGGAGGGGACACCUCAGGGUUUGGGGACACAUCCCGGCGGCGCCGAGGGGCGGCCGUCGGCGGGAGGAGCGGCGCGUCCCGGCCUGGGCCCGCGGUACCGGUCGUCGGUGGGACGCACCGAGGAGUGGCCGGUGAAGAAGAAGCACCGUCGGCGACCGUCGAAGAAGAAGCGGCGCUGGAAGCCCUACUCGAAGCUGAGCUGGGAGGAGAAGCAGCAGUUCGACGAGCGGCAGAGCCUCCGCGCCUCCCGGCUGCGGGCGGAGAUGUUCGCCAAGGGGCAACCGGUGGCCCCUUACAACACCACGCAGUUCCUGAUGGAGGACCACGACCAGGAGGAGCCGGACCUGAAAACCGGGCUGUACCCGCGGCGAACGGCCGCCAAAUCGGAGGACACGAGCGAGGAGGAUUUUCUGGAGGAGGCGGCGGAGGAGGAGGACGGGGGAAGCGACGGGAUGGGGGGGGACGGCAGCGAGUUCCUGCAGCGGGACUUCUCGGAGACCUACGAGCGGUACCAUGUGGAGAGCCUGCAGAACAUGAGCAAGCAGGAGCUGGUGAAGGAGUACCUGGAGCUGGAGAAGUGCCUGUCCCGCAUGGAGGAGGAGAACAACCGGCUGAGGAUGGAGAGCAAAAAACACGGG